CCUUCCUGCUUUCGUAUUAUUGCCUUCUGGCUUGUGCUUUCCCAUUUCCUUUCCUUUCCAAGAAUUUCAACAAUUUCAGUAAUUUUAGUCACUUAAUAGUACAAAAUGGUGGAUUUAGUUGUUGAUUUAAGCAUGGAUGUGAGUGAUUGUGAAGAAAUUAUACCUAAAAAUCCCGAAAAACUAGCUGAACUCAAAAAGGAAAAUGGAAACCAGUUCUUCAAAGCCCAACAGUACAGAUCAGCUCUUCCACUAUAUACCGAAGCAAUACAACUUUGUCCUGACACAGCUGCUUAUUAUGGUAACCGUGCAGCAUGUUAUAUAAUGCUGAAUAAUUUUCGAGAUGCAUUAGAAGAUGCCAGAAGAUCUGUACAGUUAGAUCCAAAUUUCACCAAAGGAUACCAGAGGAUACUGAAAUGUGGAAUAGCUCUAGGUGAUUUGAUGACAGCUGAGAAUGCAGCCAGAAAGAUAGCUGAAUUGGCUCCCAACAGUCCUAGCAUUAAAAAUGAAGCUGAAAGUUUAACUGCUUUGAAACAGCAAGAAUUAGAGGCACAGAAGGCUUAUGAGAAAAAAGAUUUCAGAAAAGUUGUCUACUGCAUGGACAGAUGUUUGGAUCAUGCUCCUAGUUGUGCACGUUACAAAAUUUUGAAAGCAGAAUGUUUGGCUUUCCUGGGACGAUAUAAAGAAGCUAUGGAACUUGCCAAUGGUAUAUUACAUUUUGACAAAGGAAAUGCCGAUGCAAUAUAUGUUAGAGGUAUCUGUCUCUUCUAUGAAGACAACAUUGACACAGCUGUCAGCCACUUCCAACAGGUGCUUAGGUUUGCUCCUGACCACAAAAAAGCAGUUGAAUCAUAUAAGCGAGCAAAACAACUUAAGAAGAAAAAAGACGACGGUAAUGCAGCAUUUAAGACCAAUCGUUUACAAGAGGCAUUAGACCUUUACACAGAAGCACUUACGAUCGAUCCUUUGAAUCGAAAGACGAAUGCAAAAUUGUAUUUCAACCGCGCAAUUGUUUUGUCUCGUUUGCGUAAGUUUGAGGACGCAGUCGCUGAUUGUACCAUGGCUUUGGAUCUGGACGACACAUAUCUUAAGGCACUGUUACGUCGUGCGAAAUGCUACAUGGACCUAGGCGAAUACGAAGAUGCGGUACGCGACUACGAGAAGGCUUGUAAGAUGGACAAAAGUCGUGAAAAUAAACGUCUACUGCAAGAAGCAAAGAUCGCAUUAAAACGGUCCAAACGCAAGGACUACUACAAAAUACUAGGAGUGGAUAGGAACGCCACUGAUGAUGAAAUCAAGAAAGCAUAUAGAAAACGAGCGCUGGUACACCAUCCCGAUAGACACGCAAAUGCAACGGAAACAGAACGAAAAGAUCAGGAGAAGAAGUUCAAGGAAGUGGGUGAGGCAUACGGAAUAUUGUCGGAUCCGAAGAAGAAGGUGCGUUACGACAGCGGACAGGAUAUGGAGGACUUUGAUGGUGGUUUUCAUGAUGACAUCGAUCCUACUCAAUUAUUUUCAAGUGUUUUUGGAAACGGUGCUUCCGAAUUUCGUUUCAGUUCGGGAAGGUUUUCUAACAAUUUCACCUUCAAGUUCAACUAAAUGCGGAUCGGUGCGUCAAUAUAUUUGUAGCUUAACACUAAAUUUUAAUCUGAUUACAUUCCCAUUUGUUGUCAUCCUCAAUUUUAAAGAGGCGGUCCUUGAAUGGUCUUUGUUAUCUCGCUUGUAAUGUCGCGUCUCUUUUUUAAUUUCUAUGUGUAAUGAUUUUAUACCAUCUUUUCUUUUAUACACACUGUAUGAUAAAAAUUCUGUUCAGUAAUAAAAAUAGUAACAAAUGCGGUUGAA